CUGUCAAAUUUGACGUUUCGCUGCUGUUUCCAAUCCAAAAUUUUACGGAUUACGGAUCAAAACAGCCAGUUUGGGAGAUAUGUGCGCGCCGGUGCGUUCGUAACGUGCGACGUGAGUGCCGGCCGCGGCGAGUGUCAUGUUCCACAAGGCGGACAAUGCCAAAGUCGGUUUCCUCGAGCAAACGAAGGCAGCACGCGAGGAGCGAGCAUUGGAGAAGCGCAAGGAUGUCGCCGCGCUCACGAUCCAGUCGCAUGUUCGAGGCUGGCUGACGCGGCUACGUUUUGCCUCACGCAUUCUUGAUGACUUUGAUACAAUUGUACCAGACAUCCAUGAAGACAGCAGACCAGUGUUCAAACCCGCAAUUGGCAUCUAUCACUGCGCACGACGUUUCCUCAUAGUCUACAGACGCUCCAGAGAUAGAGAUCGUUUCGUUAAAUUGUGCAGAUAUCUCGUAGCGACGCUCGAAUGCGAUUCGCCGAAAUUCAGCUAUGUUGGCGUCGGACUCAAUAAAGAAUAUGUCAUUCAAUGGAUUGCACAUAUGAGUGAUGUGCUUUGGAAAUGCUGUUUAAUGUUGGAGGAACUGCGCCCGGAGUUUGCGAAUGACACGAAAGUAAUUCUAGUGUUAUUACACACAUUGGUGUCUUACACCGGCACAAAAACAUGGAUGGUUCUCAAGCACAAGAACAUGGAGAAGCUGCAACCAGGCAUGCAUCAACUUUGUGCCAACCUGAUGGGCCAAAUCUUUCAUAAAGGAUUUUAUAUUACACUUAAGACGUUACUUCUGAAAGGUUUAGGCAGAGCAAAGAUUUCAUUCAACAAAGUGUCACUUUCUGCCAUUCUUACGCUAUCGAUGCGCCCUCUGGUGUCGGCGAAUUACAGCGACAAGUUGAUGACAAUGUUCUUGAUUCAUAUUUUAUCCGUGCCUGGUUUCAUCCGGCAUUUAGAAGCAUUCACUCCUGAAAGCAUCAUCACUCUACAGAACGCAAGUAUUUUCUCCAAAAGUUUAGAACUGCUUUCCAGUCAACAAUCGAUGCGCAUUGUCUUCAACACAUUGGAAGGCAGUUAUGCGUUAUGCCUGCUCGCAAACCUCCUCCAACUGGGUUACAAUGGCCGACCGGAUGUGCUUAAAGACAUGAGUUUUCCUACUUUUACCGUCGUAGUAACGGGGUUAUUAGAAAGUUGCCAAAAUUACGUUGUUAGCAAACAAUCCAACUUGACACACUGGCAUCCGGUGUUGGGCUGGUUCGCACAGCCUAUGGAUCCAUCUUUGCAUGCGGCGAUGCCGCAUGUGAAGGCACAGCUGCAUUUAUUAUGGAAUGCAUCGAUGAUUAGAAUUUUACUGGGGGAUUUCUUGGCGACUAUGGUUGAAGGGGUGGAGGCGCCGCAGGCUGGGCAUAGUCCUGUGCAUAAUGGUGGGUUUUCCGGUGCGAAUUUCAUUCGCAAAGCGUUGGAGAAUCGGGGAAAUCGACAGAAUGCAACGAAACACUAUCGGACGCUGGGGAGUCCAGAGGUGCAUAGAGUUGUGUUGAUUUGUUCGAUGUAUCACACAGCGUUGAAUACUUUGAAUCAAUUGAAGUUGGAUAUUCUCACAGGAUUGUGUUACCAAGGUGCUAUUUUAUACAACCUAUGGCUCUUCCUCUGUUCACUGGGCCCAAACUGCGGACUUAAAACUUUCAUGGACCAUCUUGCAAUCAACACAAAGUGCACAGCGCCAGAGUUUCAAAUGUUGCAACUAAUCGCCGAGUGUAUGACACAUUAUGUCACAAUUCUCGACGAUAUGGAAAUGUACGAACAGCAAGACCAAUUCAAACUGAACGAUUUCGUCGUCAUGUCAAAUUUCCUCAACGUAUUCCUGUACAAAGCAGUGUUGAGUAAUCUCUUCGACCUCAAAACUAUUCAAUCCAACACGCUGUUUCAAUCGUUGCAUACUCUCCUCAUGGUGUUAUACCGCCGUGACUGUCGAAGAGUCUACGCCCCGCAAGGUCAUUGGCUAUUGAAAGACCUCCGCGUGUCAAAUUUCAUCACUGAGUUAGAAAAAGGCCGCAGAGGUCCGCAACUCCUCAUGCAAACCAUGCCGCAUAUAAUCCCGCAUGAGGAUCGCGUCCGCCUCUUCCGGAAAUACAUCACCAAUGAAAAAACUGUGCUGGGGUUAACCGAAUCCGCAUGCGCAUCACCGCAAUCUACACUCAUAACUGUCCAUCGAUCGCGUAUAGUCGAAGAUGGUUAUAGGCAACUUGCAUUACUCCCAGCGCAAGCAUUGAAAGGUGUCAUCCGUGUGCGGUUCAUCAAUGAGCAGGGAUUGGACGAGGCUGGAAUUGAUCAAGAUGGCGUCUUUAAAGAAUUCCUCGAGGAGAGUAUCAAACGCGUGUUUGAUCCAUCGCUGAAUUUAUUCAAAGCAACAAGUGAAGAGAGAUUAUAUCCAUCGCCGACUAGUUAUUUACAAGAUAAUCACUUGCAGUUGUUUGAUUUCGUCGGUCGCAUGUUAGGCAAGGCGGUUUAUGAAGGAAUCGUGGUGGAUGUGCCGUUUGCGAGUUUUUUCCUCAGUCAAGUGUUGGGGCAAACUGCGCAGGCGCUGUAUAGUUGCGUGGAUGAACUGCCAUCGCUAGAUGCGGAGGUUUAUCGAAGCUUGAGUUAUGUGAAACACUAUACUGGUGAUAUUUCCGAAUUGGAUUUGACGUUUAGCAUCGAUGAGGAUAAUAUGGGCAGGUUGGUUACGCACGAGUUGAUUCCCGGAGGGAAGGCUAUACCCGUCACUAAUGAUAAUAAGAUUAAUUACAUCCAUUUGGUGGCGCAUUUCCGGAUGCACGUGCAGAUACGUGAUCAGACCGCAGCGUUCAUUCGCGGCUUCCGGUCGAUUAUCAACCCUGAUUGGUUGUCAUUGUUUUCAACACCGGAAUUGCAAAGAUUGAUAUCUGGGGAUAAUGUCCCGCUAGAUCUGCGCGAUUUGCGUAAACACACGCAAUACUAUGGUGGUUUUCACGAUUCGCAUCGAGUUGUAGGCUGGCUGUGGGAUAUCCUCGAUAAGGAUUUCACCGAAGAAGAAAAAGCAAUGUUUCUUAAGUUUGUGACAAGUUGUUCAAAACCCCCGUUAUUGGGUUUUGCGCACUUGGAGCCGCCAUUUUCGAUUCGUUGCGUGGAAGUUGGCGAUGAUGAGGACACCGGUGACACCAUCGGUAGUGUGAUACGCGGUUUCUUCACGAUACGCAAGAAAGACCCGCUCAAUAGACUGCCCACGUCGUCGACGUGUUUCAACCUGCUGAAGCUGCCCAACUAUCAGAAGAAGAGCACGCUGCGCGAGAAACUGCGCUAUGCAGUCACAUGCAACACUGGAUUCGAGCUCUCGUAAACACGGUGCUAAUAACUAAUCAAAAAUGGGAGCGUAAAUUAAGGACCAAAACGUAGAAAUUUCCUCAGAUGAUACAAAACAAAUUAUGUAGGUUACUAAGAGUAAGUAAAGAGUACUUUAGGUAGGCGCAGAUGUGUAUUCAUCAUUUUAGGCUGUUGAAAGAUUAGAGUUCAUCAAUUUUUGUGAGAUAUUGAUGGAGAAAUUUAGCUGAAACAUAAGGUAAGACAAAGAAUGUUUUUUUAAUGUAAAAUAUCGAAGACUAAGAAUCAUUAUUGUGUAUCUUGUAUAUAAUUAUUGUUUAUAAAGAAGCUAUAAAUGUGGUAUUAAAAUAAAUAUGAAUGUGGUAAAAGAA